AUGCACCGACAACAAGUAGUUGCUCUCUUUCUAGUUUGCUUUGUUUCUAUUCAAGCAAAUCCCGACCGAGGAUUAGUAUGUCUCCGGAACUUUGUUGUGAAUGGAACGAAUUUGUUAACAAGUUAUCGGAAACAGAUCCUGGUCGUGGGUGUGACACAUCUUGGAUGUCAAGUUUGUCGAAAUCAAGCAGUUCGAUACAAUGAUCUUUAUCGGGACCUUGAAUAUCACAAUAUACGGGAUCCGGAUAUACGUUUAGUUCUUGUUAAUGAAGAAACCGCAGCUCAGUAUUUACCUGGAGUAUAUUAUGGCAAGAUUCGACUAUUUCAAGAUAGUUACAAAGAUCGUGCCAUCGAAAAAUUAGGUUAUUACGGUCAACGAUUAAAUAAUCUUAUCUUUGGAAGAUGCGGUUAUCUUGUCUAUACUCAAACUUUUCCGCAGUCCAAUAUUGAAGACGAAACCAAUUAUCAACAACUUCUCCGAGCAAUUAUUUCGGUUUCUAAAUACAAACAACCUUGUCCAACCAUGUGUGUCUGA